CAGGUAACUGUGCCCCGAGAUGAAUUAAUAAUCAUUGAACGGAGAAGAAAAACAAGAAGGUUGUGCUUAUCAACAACAUCUGAAUGAACCCUGUAAUCUUGAAGUUUUUUUUCGGGGGGAGAAACUGAAAGAUGAAUAAUGAAGGGAAGGAGAGAGAAGUAAUGAGCGACGGGCCCCCUCAGGAUGGAAUGUUCCAAGGAGUUGCAAACUAUCCUCCACGGUCAGAGAUGGGCUUUCCUCAACCAUGUCAGCCAUCUAACGCCACCUAUUCCUCUGCUCCUCCGCCACUACCUCAGCCCGAUGCCCAUGGCAAUCAGACUGGUCAAGUUUAUGAAGGAAUACCUACUUUAAGAGGACAGGACCCCCUUCCUUGUGGUUGUGGUUUUGGCUGGUUAUUGUUCAUCCUUGGUUUCUUCUUCGGUGUCAUCCCCUGGUACAUUGGAGCAAUCAUGUUAUUUUGUAUCAAAACUUACGACAACAGAGAGAAACCCGGACUCAUUGCUUGCGUAAUUGCUGCUGUCAUUGGAACCAUUGUGAUCAUUAUAGUGGUGCCGCAAUAUUAUAAUUACUGAUGCGGACUCUGAACAUUGCAUCUACUACAUACAUGUAGGGAUCAGUUCGAUUGGUGAAGUAAGAAAGUAAAAGAGUUUCUCGACUGACGUUGAUGGAUUAGUCUGAGAAGUUGGCGUUUGAUUCGAAAUCUCUUUUUCGAAGAGAUUUAAGGGUUUUUUUUUUUAAACGGAAAAAAUAUAUUGAAGAAAACUCGAUAAUGUUAAAAUUAAUGCUUUGCUAUUA